GAUCAUGUGAUACGAAUAUCACAACUUCCGGGGUAACAACCAAAACGAGGUUGAACUCGUUCUCUCACUUCCGCUGGAUAGAAAAUGACCAAAGGUACAUCCAGCUUUGGUAAGCGGCACAACAAAACCCACACACACUGCCGCAGGUGUGGGCGCCGUGGUUAUCAUAUCCAGAAGAAAACCUGUGCAUCAUGUGGCUACCCUGCCGCCAGGAAAAGGACAUUUAACUGGAGUAUUAAGUCCAAGAGGAGGAGGACAACUGGCACUGGCAGGAUGAGGCAUCUCAAGAUUGUCUUCAGGAAAUUCAGAAAUGGAUUCCGUGAAGGAACAACUCCCAAGCCCAGAAGGAAGGGAGCUGCUGCCCCAUCAACCGCUGUGGCAAAAUAAUGUAUCAUACAUUGUAAAGUAAAUGUCAGGUUUAA